CACCUGAAGUUUUAAGAGGUCAACCUUAUACUUUAGCUAGUGAUAUAUAUAGUUUUUCUAUGAUUAUGUGGGAAUUAAUAUCUGGAGUUCCUCCAUUUGAAAAUGAAGCUCAUGAUUUUCAAUUAGCUUUAAAUGUUGGGAUAUAG